CAUCUGUCAACGGUGAUUUAAUUUAUAAACAAUAAUUGUUUUGUAAAUUCUUUACAUUUAAAAGACGAUUUCGUAUAUUUAUAAUGGAUAAAAACAAGACUUUUGCUCCACCGUCCAGAAAUAUUCGAUCGAAGCGUCCUUCAACGGCUUCAUCUGGCAUUACGGCAACAACUAGCGCGUUACGGAAACAAUUGCCGUGUAAAGAAAAAAAUGUAAUUUCGAGACCGAAAAUUAAUAAAAACGCGACAGUAAUAGGUGAUGGUGAUAUGACUAUAUGCAAAACGGAAGCUUCUAUGCCCGAUUUCGAUGCGGAAUAUCGUCAAAUUGCGUAUGGAAAAUUUUUACGUGCCAUGUUAGAAGAUUGUCUCGUGGAAGAAAAAAUUGAGAGGGAAGAAACGCAGAUGGACAUUCAGAUGGCCCAAUUGGCGGAUCGUUUUCAAAAAACAAUGGACCAGCUAGAUAAAACAAAUAGGCGCUUGAAAGAUAUAAAUUUUGUUGUUGAACAGAAACGACUUCUAGACUUGAAAAACCGAGACUGUUCAACCUUUUACAAUAUGACAGAUAAUUCUAAUAUUGAGAACACUCUGAAUGAUUUGUCUGCAACAGAAGAAGUAGCUCUCGACAAAUUGGAAACGAAAAAUGUUGAUUUCGGUUACAACGAUGAAUCUGGUCAUAAGCAACUGCUGGAUGCUGUCAAUGAUGCUAUCGAAGGACUAAAUCAAAUUAAACAACAUUCAAAUUUAAAUAUAAAUAAGUUUAAAGAAUAUGAGAAAUCGCAGACAACGAUAGAAGAGUUGGAAAGAGAUAGAUUUGAUCUCGACAGUCUGAAGGCUGAGUUUGAAACGAAAUUUCCAAAAUUCAGUGAAAGAUUAUUGAAAGAUGUGUCAGAGAGGAUCGCGACGGUUAUGGAAAAUGAUGACUGAUAUUUGUGAUGAUUUAAUUUGAUUUGUUGUGUUAUUAAAGUAUUUUGGUGUA